UCGUUACCACAGCUGCUGCUCUAUCUAAAGCCGUGUUCGUUACGAAAUUAUUAUCAUAAUAACUGUGUUAUUGUAUUUUGUUAGGUACUCUUCAUUUACCACUUAAGACUUAAGUCAUUUGUCAAUAUUGUCGGGUUGUCGCGCAAUAUAGCCUAAUAUCGCGUUUAUGGUAUUUGGCUUGUUUGGUGUUUUAAUUUAGCUUAACUUCGUCAAUUUCUAUACCGUACUUAAGUGGAAACAAUUGAUAAAAAAUCUCACAGUGUGACUUACAAUCCUAUAAUACUUUUGAGUGGCAAUUCUCGUUUCGUUUGUUUAUUUAAAUCAAAGCUGCUUGUGCACGUCGGACGCAUACCUGCAUAUUACCGUACCCUAUAUUUGUUUUMGAAAUCGGUGUCUUAGGCACUUAGCUUGAAAUAAAAAUUAUUAUUGUAAAUUAUAAUGUCUCCGUGUACUGAAGAAGCGAACCAAAAGACCAUUGGCAUAAUUGGCUGUGGGGCAUCCGGUUUGGCAGCUUUGAAAAAUUUUGCAGCUGACGAUUCGGUGUUUAAAUGCGUUGCAUUUGAACAGACAGGCAGUAUUGGAGGUACAUGGGUGUAUACAGACGAUGUUGACCGAGACCAGUACGGCUUACCAGUUCACUCCAGCAUGUACAAAAGCCUAAGGUCAAACUUGCCAAAAGAAAUUAUGGAGCUAAGUGGAUUUCCACAUACAGGUGUUGGGGAUGCUUGCUACUUUCCAGCUGCAUACAUACAGAAAUAUUUGAACGAUUUUACUGAUCAUUUUAAUUUAAGACCACAUAUUAAAUUUCAUCAUCAUGUAGAAAAAGUAAGACCUAUCAAUAAUAAUCAAUGGGAAUUAAAUGUUCUCAAUCUGCAACAACAAAGUAAAGAAACUUUCAUCUUUGAUGCAUUGUUGAUAUGUGUUGGUAAUUAUAGCAAUCCUGCUAUUCCAGAUGUUAAGGGUUCCAACAUAUUCAAUGGAAAAAUCAUGCAUAGCCAUAGCUACAGAGAUGCAGAUUCAUUUAAAGGAAACUCAGUGUUAGUUAUAGGCUGUGGUGCAUCUGGCCUAGAUAUAUCAUUUGGUGCAUCAAAAGUUGCAGACAAGGUUUUCUUGAGUCAUCAUAAUCCUCGACUAUUGAAUUUGAAAAUUCCAUCUAAUUAUUUCCAUAAAACCGAUGUUAAAGAAAUUGUUAAAGAYGGUGUUAUUUUUCAAGAUGGUUCUUAUGAAAAAAUUGACACUAUAGUGUAUUGUACAGGAUACACCUAUAAAUAUCCAUUUUUAAGUAGUGAAUGUGGAAUAAAUGUUGAAAAUAAUGUAAUUAAAUAUUUAUUUAAACAUAUGAUUAAUAUUGAAUACCCAACAAUGGGAUUUAUUGGUGUACCUAGGAAUACUACAGGAUUUUACUUAUUUGAUUUUCAGUCAAGAAUUUUCAAAAAGAUUAUAGAAGGUGGUGUGAAAUUGCCUAAUAAAGAAGAAAUGCUUCAAGAUACCCUCAAAGAAAUUGAGAAUCGAUUGGCUAGUGGUCAGAGAUUAAAGGAUCUUCAUGCGCUGGGUAAAACUAAGUGGGCCAUGGAGUAUUACACUUCAGUUUCAAAAUUUGCUGGUGUAGAACACCCUCCACCUGUGUUAUUACAAAUAUAUUUUGAUGGUAUUGGAAGGCUUUCAGAAGAUUUUCUGAAUUUCAGAGGUGAUAAAUAUGAAAUUAUUGAUAGAGAACAUUAUAAGGUACAAUAUUUUGACCAAAAUGAAUCAAUUAUUAAAAAACAAAUUUUGUAUUCUUUUUAAAACAAUUAAAAUUUAAAAGYCUAUUUUGUUGAA